GUAUAAGGUCCACACCCCAGGGACUGAGUGAUCGCAGAAACUGACCUUCUCUCUCUUUGGGACACCAAGCUGGAGACUCAGGCUUUUCCAGGAAAGUGAGGCUGCCAUGGCUCUGGAGAAGUCCCUGGUCCUGUUCCCACUGCUAGUUCUGGUGCUGCUGGUGCUGGGGUGGGUCCAGCCUUCCGUGGGCAAGGAAUCCUCGGCCAUGAAGUUCCAGCGGCAGCACAUGGACUCAGACGGUUCCUCCAGCGGCAACUCCGCCUACUGCGACCAAAUGAUGAAGCGCCGGAAUAUGACAAGCGAAUCGUGCAAGCGGGUGAACACGUUUGUGCACGAACCCCUGGAAGAUGUCGAGGCUGUCUGCUUCCAGGAAAAUGUCACCUGCAAGAAUGGGCAGACCAACUGCUAUCAGAGCAACUCUAACAUGCACAUCACAGAGUGCCGCCUGACAGACAGCGCCAAGUACCCCGACUGUACAUACAAGACCAGCGAGAAGGAGAGACACAUCAUUGUGGCUUGUGAGGGGGACCCAUAUGUGCCAGUCCACUUCGAUGCUUCUGUGGAGGACUCCACCUAAGGUCAGAGCAGCCAGAUGCACCCCCACCUCAUCAUUUCGACACCUGCCUCUCCCCAAUUCCUUCCUUGCCCUGAAAGAAAUAACUCCAGUUCUCCUCCUAUUCAACACACACAUGCUUCCCUUUCCUGAGUCUGGUUUCUGCAUGCUUUUGGGGGUGAGGAGAGGGUUGUGAAGUGGGCUUCAUGUUAACCCUUUCAUUGCUUCUUUCAAUAAAACAGUUGCAA